AUGACCUCUCUACAUUGCAGCUCAAAUUGGUCACCUAUAUACAUAGUCGAUCUCCUCCUUUCUAAUGGCGCUGAUGUAAAUGAGGAAAAUGACACUGGGUGUAUUCCUCUUCAUGCUGCAGCAGCCAAUGGUUCACUUGAGAUAGUCCAAAAGCUCAUCAAUCAAGAAUCAGACGUGAACAAGAUGGCCGACAAUGGAUGGACUCCAUUACACGCUGCAGUCCAGAGUGGCAGGUUAGAUGUCGUACGUAAUAUGAUUUCCCAUGGAGCUACAAAAACGAGGUUCGAAGGAAUGACUGUUCUCUACAUUGCUGCCCAGCGUGGUCACAUAGACUUAAUCGAGUACUUUGGCACCACAGGCUGUGAUGUAAAUGACGGAACAGAUAGCGGCAAAACUCCUCUUUUGGCUGCCUGUUAUAAUGGUGCAUUAGAUUCUGUGGAGAUGCUGGUCACCCAGGAUGCCUGUAUUAAUCAUGCUGACAGAAACAAAAGGACACCAGUCCAUGCAGCGGCAAAAGAAGGACACUUGCCUGUCGUUACCUACCUGGUAGAAAAUGGAGCAGACACAAAUGCUAAAGAUACAGAUGGAAUAACUCCACUUCAAGCAGCAUAAGAUGGAG